AUGUAUCCGCGCAUCACUGCACACACCCUGUGGUACAAAGCGCCACAUCGCUGUCCGCCUCUCUUUCAAGACGCCUGGCUCGUCAAGCCACCGACGAUGGAUUGGGGUAAGAGCAACCUUUAUCUACCCCACAUCCAGCAAACACCAACACCAAGCAAGAGGAUCCACUAUGGUGCGCCACACACCUUCCACAAUCCCUCCACCUUACUUGUGUUGCACGCUUACGGCGGUAGAUCGGAAGCUCCGACAGUGAUGGAUGUGACCUCCGGUGAUGCUCGGACCGAUGGUGGCCGGCUGUACUAG